AUGUAAAAUAUAAUUACAAAGGCUGCAAAAAAACUUUAUGAUAAGAAAUAUUUUUGGCAAUUGGUAUAAUAGCUAUCUAAUUGUCUUUUAAAAACUAAAAUAUUAAAUGAAAAUAAAGAAAAUCAUUUAAAAAUAAUAAAAUUUGGGGAUUUAAUUGAAAUAGAACAAUUCACCAUUAAUAAAAAUAUUUCAAAAGGAAAGAGUCUUUCUUUGUUAAAAAGAACAAAAAUAAUCAAGUAAAUAAAUAAAUAAUCAAAUAAGAAGAAAGAAGCUUAAUUUCAUCAAGUUAAUAUUAAAAUGUCAGUACAUAAAUAAUACGAUUAAAAGCGUUUUAUAGGAGGUGACUCAAAAAAGCAUCAAAAUGGUCAUUCAAACAACCUUAGUUAAAAUUCAGAUGAAUAAAGGUGGCAUAGCGUGUAAGAAAGCCAUAAUUCUAAGAAAAAAAAUCAUCAAUUUGAGCAUUAACUCAGCUAGUCUGGAGUUUAAAAUUCAGGAACCACUUUAAGUAAAAGUCAUCAACACACAGGUAGUUUAAUUGGAGAAAUUAUACCUUAGUAGGCAACUGAUUAAGCUAAAAAGGAAAAGAGAAAUAAAGAUAGGCUCUCACAUUUAUCGAAAUUACUUCCUCAGAAAGCUCGCUGGAUAGGUUAUUUAGACGUUGGUUGUGGAAAUGCUGAAAUUUCAGUAACAAUUGCAUAAAAUUUAGGUAUAGGAAGUGUUUAUGGAGUUGAUAUGUUUGACGAAGAUGAUUUUGUACAACCGAGCAUGGAUCUAGAAGUCAAAUACCUUUAAAAUUUGAAUAAUAAGUUAAAUUUACCUAAUAACUGUGUUGAUUUGGUCACUUGUUUUAUGGCUAUUCAUCACUUCGAACAUCUUGAUUUGAUGCUUAGGGAAAUAUAAAGAGUGCUUUUAAUAGAAGGCUAUUUAUUUAUUAGAGAGCAUGAUGUCCCUUUUAAGAAUAAAAAGCUAAGGGCUUACAUAGAAGAGCAGCAUAGAAAAUAUCCAGACCAUCCGGCUGAUGGAUAUAUGAUGCUUUAUGAUAGGGAAGAACUUAAAGACAUACUUUUUGCUUAUGGUUUUGAGCAUCUUGGAGAUAGCAAUUAUACAGGCUAGAAUUUAUAAGCUGUCUAUCACUCUUUAUAUGUCUUGAAAAGAAAAGAAGUAAACUCUAAUUUCAAGUAAUUAAUAAACAAAAAUAGAAAGGAUUUAAAAAAUAAUGACAGUCUUAAUGAAGAAUAAGAAGAAGACUCUUAAGAAAAAAGUAGCUCGAAUAAUUUCAGUAGUAGAGAGAGUAUAAACUCCUAAGGAUAAUAAGAAGGAGAUGAUGUUUUAUAUUUUAAUUAGCUAUCAUUAAGUAAUGAAAAGAGAAAAUCAUCUCACGAAUUCAACAGAAAAGAAAUGCAAGAAUAGUAUGAGUAGAUAGUUCUAUAAUAGAAUUCUGACUCAGUCAGCAGCGAAUAAGAUAAAGAGUAAUCUCCUGUUGUUGUAUUAGCUCAAAAUAAGCAGUAGCAGCAAUAGAAAACUUAGUUGAACUAAACACAUUUUAUUUAAGAAGAAAAAAUUUCAACUUAAGAAAGAAAGAAUAUUCAGAAUUAAAAAAAAGUAAACUUGUAUCCUGAUUGGGAUAUAAAUUCGGAAAUUUAAAAUAGCAAAAUUGAAGAGGAAGAUGUUGAUGUAUAUGCUAAUAUUAUUUCAGUCCCUCCAUCUAAAAAGGAAUAAGGUAGCUAAUCUUUGCAAAAGCAAUAGUCAUCCCAGAAUAAAUAGUUAUAAUAAUUAAAAAAAUCCUAAAAUUCUAAUGAAAAAAUACAAAAUGUAGCUGCUACAUAAAUCUUAGAAGAGCCUUCUCACUAAAUAAAUGAAAACUAGAAGAUUAAUACAUUUGAUGAAGAUGGGUUCGUGGUAGUAGGAGCUAAAGAAAAAACAAAAAAAUAAUAACCAAAAAAUAGUAUUUAAGCAUCUUAAUAAGUCACGAAUAUUAAAGGAUUGAAUUAGCAACAAUAAAUUCAAGAAUGUUAAAAUAGCAAAAAAUUGAACUCUGAAGAAAGCGAAGAGAACCUUAAAAAAGAACAUAUUAAGAAGAUUACAGAAAAAUCGAUUAUUGAAGAGCAUCAAGAAUAGCAAAUUGAUGGAGAACAAGAAACUGCAGUCUAAGAUGAUGAAAGACACAUAUCAGAGAAAUUAACUAAGAAAAUUAUCAAAGAAAAUAAAAAACAUGAACAAGAUCAAAGAAAUUCAUAAAAUGAAGGAAAAGAGAGAUAAAAGUAAUAAGUUAAAGUAGAUACUAACAAAACUUUAUAAAAAUCAACUAAGAAAAUAGAAACAAACAUUUAAGAAAGGUUUUCUCUCAAACAAAUUUCAAUAAUAAUAGGAGUAUUAGUAUUUGCAAUCUGCUUUAAUCAGUUAUUUUAACUUAUCUGA